GCGCGAAAGGUAUCGGCCGAGCUAACUGUGAUUUACUGUUCGAAGCAUCUCUAUAAAACAAUAUCCUUUAACUGUACCCUGUUCUACAAGGAAUCAAUAAGUUAUUUCAUCUGAAUAGGUGAUCAUUUGGUGUAAUGGAGGCAAAAGAGUUUAAGGAUUUCGCCAAGGCGAUGACGGACUACAUUGCUGAAUACUUGGAAAAUUUGAGAGACAGGCAAGUGGUGCCCUCGGUAAAGCCAGGGUACUUAAGACCGCUAGUGCCCGAGCAAGCUCCGGAAAAGGCUGAACCCUGGACAGCUGUGAUGGCCGACAUUGAACGUGUCGUCAUGUCGGGUGUCACUCACUGGCACUCCCCGAGGUUCCACGCAUACUUCCCGACUGCCAACUCCUACCCUGCUAUUGUGGCGGAUAUGCUGAGUGGAGCUAUUGCCUGCAUUGGCUUUUCUUGGAUCGCAAGUCCAGCAUGUACAGAACUGGAAGUUGUGAUGAUGGACUGGCUGGGUCAGAUGUUGGGGCUCCCUGAAGAGUUCCUGGCUCGAUCUGGAGGCGAAGGUGGUGGCGUGAUUCAGGGAACAGCUAGUGAGGCCACACUCGUGGCACUUCUGGGAGCUAAGUCCCGGGCCAUUCACAGGACUAAGGAGCAACACCCAGACUGGAGUGACGUUGAAAUCCUAUCGAAGCUUGUGGGAUAUUGUAACAAGCAAGCACAUUCAUCUGUGGAACGCGCGGGUCUACUGGGAGGUGUUAAGUUGCGUUCUUUGAAACCGGACAACAAACGUCGCCUCCGAGGUGAAACCCUGAAAGAAGCUAUAGAGGAAGACUUAAAAAAUGGACUCAUACCCUUUUAUGUGGUGGCAACAUUGGGAACGACCUCAUCCUGUGCUUUCGACAAUCUUGAAGAAAUCGGCGACGUCUGCCGCGAGUUUGAUGUUUGGCUUCACAUCGACGCCGCCUACGCCGGCUCUGCGUUCAUAUGCCCUGAAUACCGGUACCUAAUGAAAGGAAUCGAAAAGGCAGACUCAUUCAAUUUCAACCCACACAAAUGGCUAUUAGUUAACUUUGAUUGUUCUGCACUGUGGCUCAAACAGCCACGUUGGAUUGUCGACGCGUUCAACGUGGAUCCGCUGUACUUGAAGCAUGACCAGCAAGGUGCCGCCCCGGAUUACCGCCAUUGGCAGAUACCACUAGGGCGUCGGUUUAGAUCGCUCAAAUUAUGGUUCGUACUCAGACUGUACGGUGUUGAGAACCUACAGAAAUACAUACGGGGCCACAUCGAUAUGGCACACCUUUUCGAGAAACUCUGCCUAUCGGAUCCGCGUUUUGAAGUUGUGGAAGAAGUCGUUAUGGGUCUGGUUUGCUUUAGGCUUAAAGGUGACAACGAAACUAACGAGGCAUUACUGAGGCGCAUUAACGGGCGUGGAAAGAUUCAUUUGGUGCCAUCCAAAAUCGACGAUACAUAUUUCUUGAGGCUUGCCGUGUGUUCACGGUAUACUGUCGACAACGAUAUUCAUAUUUCAUGGGAAGAAAUCAAGGCUUCUGCAGAUGAACUGCUCGCCGAAAAGAAGACGCAUGCUUAAAAUAAUUAGAUUAAUAUUCUUGUCUACGCAGACCAAUAUUGUUAUUACCUUAUAGUUUAUAAAUUUCGCUUAAAUGUUAUUAACUAAUAUAUUCUUGUUUAUGUGUAAAUUGAAUAGGAGAUUAUUUAUAGGAUGAAUGUUAGUGACAGAUAUUCAUUUUUUAUUGUACAAUGUCCAGAUGUUUUAUGAAGUAUCUUGCCAAAUAUUUAUAAUAUUAGAACCACAAUGGAUGGCCAAAAAGCUGAGUAAUUAUCAUUUGAAUCUGAGUACUUGGAGUUUUAUUUAAAAUAAGUAUUAUUAAUUUUCCUCGCAAUGAAUAACUAAAUGUUUUUUUUAUUGUUGAUACGUGAGUUGUAUACGUGUUCGUCAAAUCGUUGCAUAGGUGGCAACAUUAGUACCUAUAUGGGGUAGUACACCCACAUUUUAAAGUAUUUGUAUACGUCCCAUGUUUAAAUGCUUAGUGGAUUUUGUGAUGUUUGUUCUGUGUUGUUCUAUAUGUGAAUGUAGAAAUAUGUAAUUCAUGACAAUAAAACAAUAAAAGAAUGAA